AUGGAGGCCAGUGAGGACUGGCUUGUGGAGUCCUUACGCUUGUACCAGGAUUUCCACGCAUUCGACCUCUCAGGAGCCACUCGUGUCCUUGAAUGGACUGAUGACAAAGGUGUCUUUGUUGCUGGCUAUGAAAGCCUGAAAAAAAAUGAGAUUCUUCAUCUGAUACUGCCUCUCAGACUUUCUGUGAAGGAAAACCAGGGCUUGUUCCCAGAAAGAGAUUUCAAUGUGUGCCACGGAGGAUUUUCAGACAAGCCCAUCUUUGAUCUAAAGCAUGUACCAGAGACCAGGUGUCUGGUAACCAGUGGCCUCCCAGCUUGUUCCCUGCAGGUGUGGCAGAUGGCAGAGGACAGUGAUGUUAUUAAAACUGUCAGCACCAUUGCUGUGCAUGAAGAGGACGGGCAUCUCUGGCCGAGGCUGGCUGUCUUCUCCUCCAUGGGCCCUGGCGUCCUCCAUGGGAUGAGGCUCUGCAGUCUGAGGAUUACAGAUCUGGAGUCCCAGAAGACCACAUAUGCCUCAGGCAUUGAUGACAGUGAGGUGUUGAGUAGCUUGCAGAUCUUGGGUGCAGACACUUUUGCCUUCUGCUGCACUUCAGGCCGCCUGGGACUUGUGGACAUUCGACAGAAGUGGGCACCGCAUGAAAGCCUCAACCCCAGCCCAAGGUCUGGUGGAGGCCAGUGGUGUGCACAAGUUCGUGGCAAGGGCCAGGACCCAGGGCCCAACAUUGCUCACCUUGGCUCAGAUGGGCAGCUCUGUCUUCUUGACCCCCGGAAUCUCCAGCACCCUGUGAGCUUAGUCCAGUGCCCAGUGUCCAAGCCUAGCCCGGACCCGGAGCUGCUACGAGUGAUGUGGGCGCCAGUCCUGGAUAACUGCCUAGCUAUUUCAGGUUUUGAUGGAACAAUCCAGGUCUAUGAUGUCACGUCUUGGGACAGCACGGGGACUCACGUAGAGCCUCUCUUCAUUCACAGGGGUCACAUCUUUCUAGAUGGACAUGAGCAGGACACUGCGCCUCUGGUCACCACCCAUGUCUGGCACCCUUCCAAACCGAGGACUUUGCUUUCGGCAGCUAAUGAUGCCUCUCUGCAUGUGUGGGACUGGGUGGACCCCCGUGGCUCUUGCUAA